AUGUGGAAACUUCUCAUACUGGCCGGCUGUCUAGUAACCAGUGGCCUUGCUCGGCCGGACGUAUCGCAUCUGUUGAAAAAGACUGGUGACAAGCAGAAGCGUCAAAGCCUCAUCGGUACCUCGGUGUCGGUGACUGGGAACGGUGCAGUAGCGACAGAAAUUAGGACCGGUGAUGCAGCAAAUAUUGAGGCCUUGAUACCGCAGAUCAGUUUGUUCCCACUGCCGGACAACCAACCCGCACCGUUUCGACGGUUGGAGGAACGAUCUGGGUACGACUACCAAAAGCCAGACUUUCCGCUCGAUGUCCAUCCGGACUCGAAUCUAGUCAGCCCGGUGUCGACACAGGCACCGGAGUAUCUACCCCCGGAGGAUGGUGAAGAGUCGUCGAACGUUGAUAAAGUUGCACCGCCGAGUUCUCCUUCGCCUACCACCACCACCACCACCACCACUUCAACGACGACCACAACUACUCCAGCUCCAAGCACUACUACCACUACAACCCCAGCACCAUCCACCUAUGGGAUUUCCUCAACACAGCAAGAAUUCGACAACGACGACGGCUACGGCUACAAGAAGCCCGAGGUAAUGCUUCCGACCAACAUCAACGAAGUGAUCGGUGAGGCAAGCGACAUUAAUCAGCUCGCCACGACCACCGUCCCAACGACAACGACAACCGCAAAAAACUCGCUUGAGUAUCUUCCCCCGAAACCGCUCCCGGAGCUGGUAGUACCGAAGGAACCGAGCACACCAUCGACGACAACACGACAACCUCAAACCACGACCACGUACCAGGUGCCGACGGAAACUCAGGCACCAGAAUACCCCAAGCUGCCGGAAGCGUCAGUCUAUCCCGAUGCAUCGGCCACAGUCUCCAGCGUCGUGACGCAACAAACCUCUACGGAGCUCGCUUCUACCUCAGCACCGGAGUACCUGCCGCCGGAUGGCGAUGCGAAUGGUUUUCAGAUCAUCAUACGCAGUGGAUUCGAGACGGAUGACUCAACGACCACAGGAAGCACAACGGGUAGCAGUGGUAGCAGCAGUGGUACGACCAUACUUCCAGUACAAUCCACAGAACCGACGACAACACUAGCACCCGCUGUUCCCGAAGCGGACAGUCUCGUGCAACAAGAGCAAGACGAACAGCAAACGACGGAAGGACAGCAAACGACCACCACGGCUAACGUCGUGACGGGCGAAACAACCGCACCGAUCGAUGACGCCUCAUCCGUAAUUGCGCUUAUUAAUCAGAUGCAGGAAACGGGCCAAGUUGCGAGCCAGGCCGAUUUUGUGCCGGAACUUCGAAUUGAUGAUGAACCUUCGACUACGCUCGGCACGAGUGAGGCAACGGUGACAACCACAACCGUGUCAUCUACUGUCACCACCACCGUCCCUUCAUCGCUAGCAACAACGGAUCUCCCUGCGGCAACGGAGCAAACGGAACCAGAGCAACCAGAGGUACGGCUAGGGGCGGAUGAACCAACUGGGCCUUCGCUCCUAGAUCUGCUCACUCCAACGACAACUGGUGCCGCGAUCGUGGUCACACAGAACGACACGAUUACCACGUACCGCCCGUCGGUUUCCUCGAGCGAAACGACGACAGUGGUCGCCGAAUCAAGUGCCGAUGAGACUGAGAUCCAAUCCAGGAUAGCCGAUCCGAACGACGACGGGUACAACUACGAGGCACCGGAAAAUGGACUCCCUGUACCGUCCUCGGUAGCGCCCUCGCACACACUCGAAGCCGACGGGUAUCAUUAUAAGGUUCCGGCCGUACCGUUCCCAUAG